CCCGCCGCACCGCCGCCGGCCUCGCCCCGCACGGGGACCUCCGCCGGCGGCCGGCCCCGCACCGCGGCCCCGCGGCCUGCACCGGCCCCGCGGCGGGGAGGAGGGCGGUGUUUUCCUGCGCGGCGCCGCCGGCGAGCGUCAGGCGGGGGGGAGGCCCCGGCCCGGCCCUUCCCCUGGCCCCCGCGCCCCGAGGAUGGCAGCGCUGCCCGCACGAGUGGCUGGCGGCGGUGUCCCUCCUCUUUUUUUUUCCGGCGGCGGCGGCGGCAGCGGCGGAUCAUUGUUGUGUGGGAGGAGGGCGGCGGGGAUGGACUUGAUCUGCCGGGUCUCCUGCUAAGGCGGCAGCACAGCGCGCCCCGCCGCCCAGCCAGCACCCGCCAGGGCCGAGCCGCGCCGGGCAGGGAGGGACCAGCCCCCCGCCCGCUCCCCCUGCUGCUUUAUUUUUAGGGGGCUCCACCGCUCCUCUCCCUCGCCCUUAUCCCCCCCUACCCCCCCUCCCCGCUCGCACACACGCACAGGGACACGCACGCACCCUCCUCCUUUGCCCUUUCAUCCUUCCCCCCCGCCGUCCUCCCGCGCCGUCUCCUGCCGCGGCAGAUGCGCCGGGGGUCACCGCGCAGCUGGGACUAUGGUGAAAUUUCCAGCGCUCACUAACUACUGGCCCCUGAUCCGGUUCCUGGUCCCUCUCGGCAUCACCAACAUCGCGAUCGACUUCGGGGAGCAGGCCUUGAAUAGGGGUAUCGCUGCUGUCAAGGAAGAUGCUGUGGAAAUGCUGGCCAGCUAUGGGCUGGCGUACUCCCUGAUGAAGUUCUUCACGGGUCCAAUGAGUGACUUCAAAAAUGUAGGUCUGGUGUUUGUGAACAGCAAGAGAGACAGGACCAAAGCAGUUUUGUGCAUGGUUGUGGCUGGCGCAGUAGCUGCUGUAUUUCAUACCUUAAUAGCAUAUAGUGAUUUGGGGUAUUACAUUAUUAAUAAGCUGCAUCAUGUGGAUGAAUCAGUGGGAAGUAAAACUCGGAGGGCCUUCCUUUAUCUUGCUGCCUUCCCUUUUAUGGAUGCCAUGGCAUGGACCCAUGCUGGAAUUCUGCUGAAACACAAGUACAGUUUCCUAGUGGGAUGUGCCUCCAUCUCAGAUGUCAUAGCUCAGGUUGUUUUUGUAGCCAUUUUGCUUCACAGUCACUUGGAGUGCAGGGAGCCUCUCUUGAUCCCAAUCUUGUCCUUAUACAUGGGAGCACUUGUCCGAUGUACCACAUUAUGCCUCGGAUACUACAGGAACAUACAUGAUGUAAUUCCUGACAGAAGUGGGCCUGAAAUGGGGGGAGAGGCUACGAUAAGGAAGAUGCUGAGUUUCUGGUGGCCUUUGGCAUUAAUUUUGGCAACUCAGCGAAUAAGUAGGCCCAUUGUCAACCUUUUUGUCUCCCGGGACCUCGGUGGCAGUUCUUCAGCCACAGAGGCAGUGGCGAUCCUGACAGCUACGUAUCCUGUGGGACACAUGCCGUAUGGCUGGCUGACAGAGAUCAGAGCAGUAUACCCUGCUUUUGACAAGAAUAACCCCAGCAAUAAAUUGGUGAACACCAACAGCACCGUCACAGCGACACAUAUCAAGAAGUUCACUUUUGUGUGCAUGGCAUUAUCCUUAACGCUCUGUUUUGUGAUGUUUUGGACACCAAACGUGUCAGAGAAGAUUUUAGUUGACAUAAUUGGAGUAGACUUUGCUUUUGCAGAGCUGUGUGUUGUUCCUUUGCGCAUCUUCUCCUUCUUCCCAGUUCCAGUGACUGUCAGAGCGCACUUGACGGGUUGGCUGAUGACUCUGAAGAAGACAUUUGUGUUGGCACCCAGCUCAGUGCUGCGGAUUAUCGUCCUCAUCACUAGUCUCAUUGUGCUGCCUUACUUGGGAGUUCAUGGAGCCACUCUUGGAGUAGGAUCCCUUCUAGCUGGUUUUGUAGGUGAAUCCACCAUGGUUGCAAUAGCAGCCUGUUACGUCUACCGGAAACAGAAAAAGAAGCGGAAUGAGAAUGAAACAGCUACAGAAGGUGAAGACUCCGCAAUGACCGACAUGCCUCACACAGAGGAAAUGACAGACAUCGUAGAAAUGAGAGAAGAGAAUGAAUAAUAAAUGGGAUGCAAUUGUUCUCUGCAGGGACGAUUGGAGUGACACUUCAGCAUCUUGUCGUCUCUCAUACUUUUUUGUUUGUUCGUUUUUAUUUUUGUAAUAAAGAGGCCUUGAUUUAAAAGGUUUCAGAUAAAUUCUCUAGCAUACUGAGUAUGCUCUCAUUGAUGAGGGACCUAAAAAGAGGUCUUUGCUUUUUUUUUUUUGUCCCCCCCAAUUGAAUUUGUUUUCUCACUCCAUGCAAACAUAAAAGAUACAAUUGCAUCACUGUAGAGUCUUCCUUACUUAUGCAUCCACCUUCUCUGGACAAUCUGCAUUUGUCAACCAAAGCCCUGCUCUCUGUGCAUGUGUGUGUGUGUCUGCGUGCAUGCACUUGCACACUCGCACAUGCACACAUGCCACUGGCUCAAUGCUACUGCCAUAAUCCUACCCCCUCCCCUCUUUCCUUUUCCUUCCUUUUCUUUAUGAGAAAUGUAAAGGAAAAGAAGUUUGGAAUACAGAGCUUUAUUUUACUUGCUUGAAAAUGACUUUGCUACAUAAACUAAUAUACUAUGGUGAACUGUAUCUUUUUGUUUGGCCUCAUCACUAGAGCUUAUACUGCACAGGGUACAAGACAGUGAGGAACGUGUAAGUCUCCGUAUGCAAAGUGGAGAAAAACAGGUUCCUCUCUCAUGUUAAAAGUGUGUGGAUGUGUAUAUACACACACAGGUACAUAAACAGAGACAUACAUAUAUAUAUAUUUUUAUAUAUAUAUAUGCAUACAAUAAAUAAAAUACACACGGGACAAGAACUCUAUAUAGCUUUCAUUCCAUUGGAAAGAUAGUAAUCAUUUGAAAAAUGUAAACAUUUAAUUCAGAAUUUUCUUGAAUCAUUAAGCACCACUUUACAUAUAAUUUUAUUUAGAAAAAAAAUCCAUGCACUUUCCUCUUGUGAAGAGGGUGAUGGCAACUGAUAAGACUUUGACUGUAUUUGAAUUUUAAAAAAAAUAAAUAUCGACAAGCUUUACCAAAGUUCUUGUCCACUGAUUUAACUUUUAAUUUUUAAAGGUUGAUUUGCUCGAUAUACUUAUUUCUGGUGCCUAUAUAUUUAAAAAAAAAUCAAAUAACGUAUGCAGGAUACCAUGGUAUAUCAUGUUACUACACAUAGUUCCAUGAAAUUUUUAUAUAAAGAGGUACAUAUACUCACACACACGUGUGUGUAUGUAUAUAUACUUAUACACACACGCACACACACACACAGACAGAUGUAUGUUUUGCUAUGAUAUAUUUACCUAUGCAGUAGAUCAAAAUCCGUAUGGUGAAGCUCAAGUACCGAUGGUCCUCCAAGUUGCUAAUUAGGGACCCUGAUCAUAUGUUAGCUCUCAAGGCAAGAGCUGUGGGGAAGUGGGGAACUGCUCACAUCAGUCAGCAAGUGCUGUGCUUGGAGAAGGUGGCAGGCGCUGGCUGUGUGGUUGUGGCUGCAGUGGGCCUUAAAAAACAGAGCGUGAGGUCAGGCGGGUGACUUGUAUCAGUGGAAAGGAAACCUGUGUAAGAGGUGACCGAACCAGAGAGGGUUUGGGUGCCACCGGUGAUGGCUGCAGCAGCAGCUUCUGUUUCUGUGCUCUUGUGUGUUUGGCUGCAGGGCAGCGUUCGUUACCAGUUUGUAGUAGCUCGGGUUCUUUCAAAUUUAGUCAUGCCAGAGUCUGGAAACAGUUAUCCUUCAUGUUAUAUCCAUAAAUCAGUUAAUUUAAACUUUAUUUAGUAAAAGUAUAUUUUUCUAAGUUGUGGAAAUGAUUAUUUAAUUGUGGAAAAAUUCCCAUUUUAGAUUUUUUUGCCAGAUACUCCCAGCACUCAGAGAACUGAUCAAAACUAAACAUUACUUUAAAUGUUUUAUCAAUACAUGUGUGUGUAGACAUACACGUGUGUAUAAAUACAUAUAUUGUAUAUUAUGUAAAUUUAUUUUAAGCUACAAUACAUUUCCUAUUUUUCCAAGUUCAGCUAAAAAUGUCUCUAAAAAACUAGAGAGUUGCUGGUAACUAGUUAUGGCCGUCAUGAAAGGCAUUGUAUCAAUGAACUUUACGUUUUAUUGUAAACAUUUACCAAUCUGUUACAUGUACAAAUGCAAUAAGAAAAAACAUAGAAAUUAUUGUGUUGACACGUUUGCAAAAUCAGUUCACGGUUAAGGAGCAGUGGCACUAGGAGGGUAAGGCUAAGUCCAGUAACCACACACCUUCUCUGCUACCACAAGUUUUUUCUCUUUGGUUUUAACAGUAGCUGAAAAAAAAUAAUAAAAAAAAAAAACCCUCAGACAAAUUAGUUUUGUGCAGGAUGUAGACUGUACAGAUUCAUGAAUACGGGCUCUCAAACAGUCAUAUGUAUAUAACAUGUAUAUAGACUGUUACAGGUCACAGUGGCCAUUUGAGGUCAUCUCUAUUCAUGUAGUUUUAGUUUCUCCGUACGUUUGUAUCCAAAUCUACAAGACACAGUUUUUCAGGAGCUGAAGAGACAAAGCAAGAAAAUAUUUUUGUGUAGUAUUUCUUUUGGUACAUGACUAAAAUUCAAACAGCAGUAUUUUUGAAGACUUUUGAGCAUUGCUGAUGUAGGUUUCAAGGUAACAAUUCCAUCAAAACGUAAAAAUGUGAAAACAAAUUAAAUUAUACACCGAAGCUUUUGCAGAUGAACAAACAGAAAAGAACUGAAUUAUUGGUCACACAGCAUUGUAAAAGAUAAAUUUUCAGUUGUGUGGGUAAUAAUAGUCCUUUAUUUGCAAGAUACCAAAUGAGCACAGGAGUGGUGGGAUUUGGGCAAGAAUUCAAGCAGUGACAUGAGGAUGCAUGCAUCGCAUCUCUUUCUGCUUCCUGCAGGUUGUGUGCUGUGCUGGAUUAACAAGGCACACUGACAUUUCUGCGAUGUUCUGCAAGUCCGAAGCAGCCCGCGUGCUGGCUGGGGUACCGGCUGCGCGGCAGGCAGGGUGCUCAGCAGGAAGGCAUCUGUCCAAGGAGUGCCCUGUCCCCUGCAGCCUCUGCUUCUGCUUCUGGGUGCUGUUGUCAGAAGCUUCAGCAACCACCUGAAACCUCACUGCUCCAACUCCCAGCCAGUGGCAAAUUCAGCUGGGCUGGUGAAGCAGCCAGUCUGAUGGGUUACAUGCUGGGGAUGGGCAGCUGUCCUCUGCUGAAGCCCCAGCCAGAGCAUUAAUGGUUCCAGUUUCUCUGUCAGGCAGAUGCUGAUGCAGACCCUCUCCUGCACCACUUCCUUCCCCAAAUGACUCCUGAGUUCCAGUAAAAUGGCUUAGCUGUCCCUCUUGUGUUAUUGCUGAUGACAUGGCUAUCUAUCUCUGUGAAAAAUAUUUUACAGUAGAAACCUGUUAAGUUUCUGUAUUGGAGAGCCAGAGGGCAGUCAUCUCAGAGAAUUCACAUGGAGACCUGGCCUUUCUAGACUUUCUUGAGAGUUACUGAACUACACAAUUGAAGUCACAAUAAAAAGAGGAACAAAGAUGAUCUGCAUUCUACAUCCUAGAUUUCAGAACAGCUCACGCAGCAGAAAAUAAGAGCAGAACAUUGAUCGGCUGUGGAUGAAUGUUCCUUGGCUUUUAAUAUGUGUGUAAAAUUGUGUUCACUUGUCUUGAGUUUUCCUUUUGCAGAAUCAACAGGAAACAUUGGGUUAUUUUCCCCCUCACUGCCCUAAGCAGGCCUCUUCAACUUACCAAGCAGUGAAAUUGAUGGAAAAAGCUCUACAUUUCCCAGCCAGUGCUUGAGGCCAUUUGGGCACACCGGCGGGUUCCCAGGCGUGGGGCAGCCCCGCUCCCCAUCACCCUGGCACAGCCGUUCCAGGCAGGAGUGCUCAGUUGCCUGCUUGUUAGAUAGACCCACCCUGAGUGAGAGGAUUGGGUGAGUAAGUCUUUUGUUUUCCACUCAUUUUGCUGCUAAAUAUUUCCUUUGAGAGGGAGAGAUUUAUAUCUGGCUCUUGCUCAGUGUUUUGCCGAAUCUGCAGCCAGAGAAGGACCAGCCCGAGACGGAGGGUGAGCUGAUGAAUGCGGCCGUUUCAAGGCAGGCCACGACACAUGAACAGAAACCUUUUGAAGGCGAGAGCGCCUUCUUUUGUGGGAUGGCGCCUCAUGCUUAAAAAGAAGGGAGAAAGGAUGCUUUCAGGCCCCGGUGCCCAGAGUCGCCAGGCAUAGUUGUGCGUUGGGCUGCAAGGUGGCAAUGGGAACAGGGCAUCCUGCAGCUCCAGCGUUCCAGCUCUGCCCAGUGCAGUGGGUGGCGAGACAGUGCUGUCGGCUCUUGACUCUCACUGAGGUUUUGUGGUUGUGGCAUGAUGAGCAUGGAUUUGAGUGCAGCUGGGUAUUAAGUGGGCAUAGUUGCUGUAGCCAUUAGUGUAUUGGAAAGCCAUGCAUGUGUAUGGGUGUGUGUAACCACACCAUGUGUAUGGGUGUGUGUAACCACACCAUGUGUAUGGGUGUGCAUAUGAGAGUGUUGCACAGGCAUUUUUAUUACAGCCUUUAUAUCAUUAAUUGGAACAAGGAUUCAAGUCUAAACAUGAUCUUAAUGUGGGACUAAUACUAAGAUGUUUAAAAGAAAUUGCAAUUUAAACCUACAUAAAAGAGUAAACAAAACGCCCUUUCAGCAGACCUUAAACCAGUAAGCUAAAGCAUGAUUUAGAACAGUAAGCUGGAAUGGGCAAGAAAGAGGACAUGUUGAAAAGCUUGUAGAUAUUGUAUACCCAGCCUAAAGACAACAGCAUGGCAUGGAGAUGAGUGAGUCAGAGGGCAGAAAACGCCAGAGCUCUGGCUGCUGCCAUUUCCUUUUCAGCUGCCUUGGAGAGGGACUGAAGGGUGAGGAGCAAUGCAUCUGCAAGGCACCACUCCUAAGUAUUUUGGUUUCUGAGUGGAGGAGCUAUCAACUUAACCAUAAAAUGUUAGGGUUCCCUCCCCUUGUUCAUGUUUGCUUUUUUACUGGAAUUCAAGUGCAGAAUACCAUACCUUUUGAAGGGAGCAAGCUCCCGACGAGGGGGGUACGGUGCAGAGCAGGCUGUGGGGCUCGUGGCAGAGCCCUGGUGGAAGGAGGAGCUCCAAAUUUAUUCUGUGCCCUGCAGCACGCUGUAUUCAAUUGCAGGCUGACAGCAUCAUGAAACGAGACACAAUUGUUAGCUUAGCAGCAAACUCGGUCCAGCGGUCCAACGUGUGGUGCUGGCCUGCAGCAGUGCUGCAGGAGCAGCGGGAGGGUGUGGGGUGCAGGGGCAGCCCUGGCUCUCCGCUCGGCUUUGGACAGCUUGCAUGGAUUUGCUUUAGAGAGCCAAGUUCAAUUGUCAGUGCAUAGAUGCACUCCUCAGCAAAAACACUGCCAGACUUCUCAGUAAUUGGCACCUUCUGAACAAAAAGGCUAAAGACAAAAUACGGGGGCAGAGAGAUGGAGCUUUAAGCUCAGCUUGGAGCACGUACUGGCACAGAAGGGCAUUUUGGCUACAGCUUCUGCAAGUUAAUUGUACGGUUAGAGAGUGAGCUUCAGUCUCAGCAUUUCAUGAUCACGAUAUCCACUCUAUCUCAGUAAAACAGAAGAAUUGUGAUAUAAUUUUAGGUGCUCUUUUGUCUUUGUAACCCUGAGGGGAAAGUUUUCCUUAGUAUUACCAAGACUUGUGACUGCUCAGAUCAAUUUAUUAGUUUUACCUUGUCAUUAUUUUCUGUCAUUCCUAGUUCAAUUUCUUCAGACUUUUCCUUAUUUUUUUCUGAAGGCUCCCGCUAGGUUUAUUUUGUCUGUUGGCAUUUUGAGAAGGAAAAUGUAAUAGUCACGCUGACUGAAUGUCAAGUAAUGACGUGAUUAAAAAGUCAGUUGCAACAAAACUCUUCUUUGACAGACUGCUUUUUACUUUUCAUUUGCUAAGCUGAAGAGUCAAGAAGUAGAAGGAACUGGGGGGUGUCUUUGUUUAAAAUCAAGAAUGAAAAGAAUUAAUUCAAGUUCAUUACUUAACCCCAGCCACUUUGAGACUUUCUAAUGAUCCAUAAGACCACAACCCCAGCUUUUCUAGCAAAGUUAGCGCUACAUCCCCAGAGCAGCCCAGAAUACUUCCAGGGCCUGGGAAACAUGACACUUCAGAUAUUUCACAACUGAAUGUAUAACUUAACGAGUUGGAGCGCCUGAUUAACAGGUACAAUCCAUUAAGUUUUAACAUUCAGCUGGACAUGAGCAGCCUGAUCCAGUGUCUAAGGUGGCCCAGCUUUGAGCAGCAGGGGCUGGAUAAGAUGACUGCCUGCAGUCCCCUUCUGGCCUAUAUUGUUCCCUGAUUCAGUCAGGAACCUAGAGAGAUUCCUUCGUCUUAAGAGACUUGAGACUGUUUGCCUUUUUUAAGCUUUCAGUUCAGGGUUGAGAGACAGUGCCUACUAGGGCUCUACAACACAGACAUCUGAGCAAAAAUCUGAGCUGCACAGAUUCUUUUGCUGAUGGCAAAACUUUCAUGGUGCAGAGCCAGCUGUAAGUACCCUCCCACCCUUGUGCCCUCAGAUCCCACAACAAGGGCAAAGCAAAAAUAAGCUAUUGUAUCUGCAGAUAAAAUAUUUGAGUACUGCACUGCACUUUUUCAAUUAACUCCCUAAGCAAAAAUGCCUGAAAACAGCAAGCAAUUACAUCUGCUACCUGCUUCUUCCCAUCUCUCUUCUGUGCGUCAUUCAGCAUUUAAAAAAAAAAAAAAAAGCUACCCUUUCUGAUAACUCUCCUUUGUAAUCAAGGUAAUGCAAAGUAAAUACUUACAUUUACAUAAUAGAACCGCUUGGCCUAUCUACAAAUGACAGCACAUAAAUCCCCUCUUAGGAAAGGAUGCAUUUUAAUACUGGAACAAAAGCUUCAUCCAUAAUUCAGCAAAAACACAACAGAAAAGCAAAGAAAAAAUUGCGGAACUGAAAAAAAAAUAUUUAAUUGCAUUAACUUCUAAUGCGAAUACUGCCUAGGUGGAAAGGACUGUAUGUACACAUGCAGUAACAACAGAGCCUGGAACUAACGUUGCUCAACUUUAUAGUUUGCUCUCUAAAGCAGCAGUAACAUAACUCUGCUUCUCUGCUUUUGUGUCCUUAUUAUGAUAAACAAAAAAUCCUUCCUCAGCUACAAUGAAGCAAUUGGAAAGCUUCAGGCAGUAAGUUCACUGGUUAUUUAGAUCAACUGGAUUUCAUCCACAGAGUUUGCAAGCAUCACAGAAUUGCAAAAGCAAAACCUGCAAAAAAGUUGAAGGUACAUAGGUGUUUUUGUAGAUGACAUACCCUUGCUUAUUACCAUCGACAAGCUUU